UGGUCAAAGGUUGAACUGGAUAAAAAUGGAAAAGAUGCAAAAGAAACCACAGUCCUGGUGGCCCAAAAUGGGAACAUCAAAAUAGGCCAAAACUACAAAAACAGAGUGUCUGUUCCAACUCAUUCAGAGGAAACUGGUGACGCUUUGCUGAUUUUAUCUAAGCUGCGUGCAAGUGAUGCAGGAGUAUAUCGCUAUGAUGUUAUGUAUGGAGUUGAAGAUGCACAAAGCAUUGUAUCAUUGGCUGUUGAUGGUGUUGUAUUUCAUUAUCGUGCAGCAACCAGCAGGUAUACUCUGAAUUUUACACAAGCUCAACAGACUUGUCUGGACAAUAGUGGCAUAGCAAACCCCAAACAACUGAAAGCAGCCUAUGAAGAUGGAUUUGAACAAUGUGAUGCUGGCUGGUUGUCUGACAUAGAUGAAGUGGUUCAUGUUUCAGUUCCUGACAAGCUAACCUUUGAAGAGGCUAAAGAGCUAUGUUGGAAAAGAGAUGGUGUUCUUGUUUCUGUUGGGAACCUGUAUGUUGCCUGGAGGAAUGGCUUUGACCAAUGUGACUAUGGCUGGCUGACUGAUGGAAGUUUUCAUUAUCCUGCAUCUGUGGCUAGGCCCCAAUGUGGUGGAGGUUUACUUGGGGUGAGAACCCUGUAUCACUAUGAGAACCAAACAGGCUUUCCUUACCCAGAUAGCAAGUUUGAUGCCUACUGCUAUGAAC